AUGUCAGGCUUCCCUCGCGCAGACCUCUUCACAAGUAAUAUCGGCACCUUUAACCAUUUCAACAACAGUGGCUCCAAAUCCCCCAGUAAGUUUUACUGCUACACCACCCACAACAGCUGUGUCAAUGUCGACGACAGGGGCAACCUCGCAGAGCACGACAUCCAUAACCACAGCGAUGGCACAAACAUCAUCGGAGUCGACGGUGAAAACUACUUCACGCGUAGGAACAACCAUGGGGACAUCGCCCGGAUCCAUAGUUGUGGCGACUACAUCUGCGAAGACAAUUUCAACUGCUGCACUGUCAACUACCACAGGUUCUCUGGCUUCAUCAACAGCCCAAGUUUCUUCCACCUCAUCUAUAGCAGGAACUUCACCUUCAUCAACAGGCCCAGUCUCUUCUGCGUCAACUGCACCAGGAACUGCACCUUCAUCAACAGCCCCAGUCUUUUCUGCGUCAACUGCACCAGGAACUGCACCAGGAACUGCACCCUCAUCAACAGCCCCAGUCUCUUCUGCUUCAACUGCACCAGGAACUGCACCUUCAUCAACAGUCCCGGUCUCUUCUGCCUCAACUGCACCAGAAACUGCACCUUCAACAACAGCCCCAGUCUCUUCUGCCUCAACUGCACCAGGAACUGCACCUUCAUCAACAGCCCCAGUCUCUUCUGCCUCAACUGCACCAGGAACUACACCUUCAUCAACAGCCCCAGUCUCUUCUGUGCCAACUGCACCAGGAACUGCACCUUCAUCAACAACCCCAGUUUCUUCUGCCUCAACUGCACCAGGAACUGCACCUUCAUCAACAGCCCCAGUCUCUUCUGCUUCAACUGCACAAGGAACUGCACCUUCAUCAACAGCCCCAGUCUCUUCUGCCUCAACUGCACCAGGAACUGCCCUUUCAUCAACAGUCCCCAUCUCUUCUGCCUCAACUGCACCAGGAACUGCACCUUCAUCAACAGCCCCAGUCUCUUCUGCCUCAACUGCACCAGGAACUGCACCUUCAUCAACAGCCCCAGUCUCUUCUGCCUCAUCUGCACCAGAAACUGCACCUUCAUCAACAGCCCCAGUCUCUUCUGCUUCAACUGCAGCAGGAACUGCACCUUCAUCAACAGUCCCAGUCUCUUCUGCCUCAACUGCAGCAGGAACUGCACCUUCAUCAACAGCGCCAGUCUCUUCUGCUUCAACUGUUCCAGGAACUGCACCUUCAUCAACAGCCCCAGUCUCUUCUGCCUCAACUGCACCAGGAACUGCACCUUCAUCAACAGCCCCAGUCUCUUCUGCCUCAACUGCACCAGGAACUGCACCAUCAUCAACAGUCCCAGUCUCUUCUGCCUCUUCUGCACCAGGAACUGCACCUUCAUCAACAGCCCCAGUCUCUUCUGCUUCAACUGCUCCAGGAACUGCACCUUCAUCAACAACCCCAGUUUCUUCUGCCUCAACUGCACCAGGAACUGCACCUUCAUCAACAGCCCCAGUCUAUUCUGCUUCAACUGCACAAGGAACUGCACCUUCAUCAACAGCCCCAGUCUCUUCUGCCUCAACUGCACCAGGAACUGCCCUUUCAUCAACAGUCCCAGUCUCUUCUGCCUCAACUGCACCAGGAACUGCACCUUCAUCAACAGCCCCAGUCUCUUCUGCCUCAACUGCAGCAGGAACUGCACCUUCAUCAACAGCGCCAGUCUCUUCUGCUUCAACUGUUCCAGGAACUGCACCUUCAUCAACAGCCCCAGUCUCUUCUGCCUCAACUGCACCAGGAACUGCACCUUCAUCAACAGCCCCAGUCUCUUCUGCCUCAACUGCACCAGGAACUGCAUCUUCAUCAACAGCCCCAGUCUCUUCUGCCUCAACUGCAGCAGGAACUGCACCUUCAUCAACAGCGCCAGUCUCUUCUACUUCAACUGUUCCAGGAACUGCACCUUCAUCAACAGCCCCAGUCUCUUCUGCCUCAACUGCACCAGGAACUGCACCUUCAUCAACAGUCCCAGUCUCUUCUGCCUUUUCUGCACCAGGAACUGCACCUUCAUCAACAGCCCCAGUCUCUUCUGCUUCAACUGCUCCAGGAACUGCACCUUCAUCAACAACCCCAGUUUCUUCUGCCUCAACUGCACCAGGAACUGCACCUUCAUCAACAGCCCCAGUCUAUUCUGCUUCAACUGCACAAGGAACUGCACCUUCAUCAACAGCCCCAGUCUCUUCUGCAUCAAUUGCACCAGGAACUGCACCUUCAUCAACAGUCCCAGUCUCUUCAGCCUCAUCUGCACCAGGAACUGCACCUUCAUCAACAGCCCCAGUCUAUUCUGCCUCAACUGCAGCAGGAACUGCACCUUCAUCAACAGCCCCAGUCUCUUCUGCUUCAACUGCUCCAGGAACUGCACCUUCAUCAACAGCCCCAGUCUCUUCUGCCUCAACUGCACCAGGAACUGCACCUUCAUCAACAGCCCCAGUCUCUUCUGCUUCAACUGCACAAGGAACUGCACCUUCAUCAACAGCCCAAGUCUCUUCUGCCUCAACUGCACCAGGAACUGCCCUUUCAUCAACAGUCCCAGUCUCUUUUGCCUCAACUGCACCAGGAACUGCACCUUCAUCAACAGCUCCCGUCUCUUCUGCCUCAACUGCAGCAGGAACUGCACCUUCAUCAACAGCCCCAGUUUCUUCUGCCUCAACUGCACCAGGAACUGCCCUUUCAUCAACAGUCCCAGUUUCUUCUGCCUCAACUGCACCAGGAACUGCACCUUCAUCAACAGCCCCAGUCUCUUCUGCCUCAACUGCACCAGGAACUGCACCUUCAUCAACAGUCCCAGUUUCUUCUGCCUCAACUGCACCAGGAACUGCACCUUCAUCAACAGCCACAGUCUCUUCUGCCUCAACUGCACCAGGAACUGCACCUUCAUCAACAGCCCCAGUCUCUUCUGCCUCAACUGCACCAGGAACUGCACCUUCAUCAACAGCCCCAGUCUUUUUGGCCUCAACUGCACCAGGAACUGCGCCUUCAUCAACAGCCCCAGUCUCUUCUGCUUCAACUGCAGCAGGAACUGCAGCUUCAUCAACAGCCCCAGUCUCUUCUGUGCCAACUGCACCAGGAACUGCACCUUCAUCAACAACCCCAGUUUCUUCUGCCUCAACUGCACCAGGAACUGCCCUUUCAUCAACAGUCCCAGUCUCUUCUGCGUCAACUGCACCAGGAACUGCACCUUCAUCAACAGCCCCAGUCUCUUCUGUCUCAACUACACCAGGAACUGCACCUUCAUCAACAGCCCCAGUCUCUUCUGCAUCAACUGCAGCAGGAACUGCACCUUCAUCAACAGCCCCAGUCUCUUCUGCUUCAACUGCUCCAGGAACUGCACCUUCAUCAACAGGCCUAGUCUCUUCUGCCUCAACUGCACCAGGAACUGCACCUUCAUCAACAGCCCCAGUCUCUUCUGCUUCAACUGCACAAGGAACUGCACCUUCAUCAACAGCCCCAGUCUCUUCUGCCUCAACUGCACCAGGAACUGCACCUUCAUCAACAGCCCCAGUCUCUUCUGCGUCAACCGCAUCAGGAAUUGCAACUUCAUCAACAGCCCCAGUCUCUUCUGCUUCAACUGCACCAGGAACUGCACCUUCAUCAACAGCCCCAGUCUCUUCUGCCUCAACUGCACCAGGAACUGCACCUUCAUCAACAGCCCCAGUCUCUUCUGCCUCAACUGCACCAGGAACUGCACCUUCAUCAACAGCCCCAGUCUCUUCUGCCUCAACUGCACCAGGAACGGCACCUUCAUCAACAGCCCCAGUCUCUUCUGCUUCAACUGCAGCAGGAACUGCAUCUUCAUCAACAGCCCCAGUCUCCUCUGUGCCAACUGCACCAGGAACUGCACCUUCAUCAACAACCCCAGUUUCUUCUGCCUCAACUGCACCAGGAACUGCCAUUUCAUCAACAGUCCCUGUCUCUUCUGCCUCAACUCCAGCAGGAACUGCACCUUCAUCAACAGCCCCAGUCUCUUCUGCUUCAACUGCUCCAGGAACUGCACCUUCAUCAACAGCCCCAGUCUCUUCUGCCUCAACUGCACCAGGACCUGCACCUUCAUCAACAGCCCCAGUCUCUUCUGCGUCAACUGCACAAGGAACUGGACCUUCAUCAACAGCCCCAGUCUCUUCUGCCUCAACUGCACCAGGAACUGCACCUUCAUCAACAGCCCCAGUCUCCUCUGCUUCAACUGCACCAGGAACUGCACCUUCAUCAACAGCCCCAGUCUCUUCUGUUUCAACUGCAGCAGGAACUGCACCUUCAUCAACAGCCCUAGUCUCUUCUGUGUCAACUGCACCAGGAACUGCACCUUCAUCAACAGCCCCAGUCUCUUCUGCUUCAACUGCACCAGGAACUGCACCUUCAUCAACAAUCCCAGUCUCUUCUGCCUCAACUGCACCAGGAACUGCACCUUCAUCAACAGCCCCAGUCUCUUCUGCUUCAACUGCACAAGGAACUGCACCUUCAUCAACAGCCCCAGUCUCUUCUGCCUCAACUGCACAAGGAACUUCAUCAACAACCCCAGUUUCUUCUGCCUCAACUGCACAAGGAACUGCCCUUUCAUCAACAGUCCCAGUCUCUUCUGCCUCAACUGCACCAGGAACUGCACCAUCAUCAACAGCCCGAGUCUCUUCUGCUUCAACUGUAGCAGGAACUGCACCUUUAUCAACAGCCCCAGUCUCUUCUGCCUCAACUGCACCAGGAACUGCACCUUCAUCAACAGCCCCAGUCUCUUCUGCGUCAACUGCACCAGGAACUGCACCUUCAUCAACAGCCCCAGUCUCUUCUGCCUCAACUGCACCAGGAACUGCACCUUCAUCAACAGCCCCAGUCUCUUCUGCCUCAACUGCAGCAGGAACUGCACCAUCAUCAACAUCCCCAGUCUCUUCUGCCUCAACUGCACCAGGAACUGCACCUUCAUCAACAGCCCAAGUCUCUUCUGCGUCAACUGCACCAGGAACUGCACCUUCAUCAACAGCCCCAGUCUCUUCUGCCUCAACUGCGCCAGGAACUGCACCUUCAUCAACAGCCCCAGUCUCUUCUGCGUCAACUGCACCAGGAACUGCACCUUCAUCAACAGUCCCAGUCUCUUCUGCCUCAACUGCACCAGGAACUGCAUCUUCAUCAACAGCCCCAGUCUCUUCUGCCUCAACUGCAGGAGGAACUGCACCUUCAUCAACAGCCCCAGUCUCUUCUGCUUCAACUAUAGCAGGAACUGCACCUUCAUCAACAGCCCACGUUUCUUCUGCGUCAACUGCACCAGGAACUGCACCUUCACCAACAGCCCCAGUCUCUUCUGCCUCAACUGUGCCAGGAACUGCACCUUCAUCAACAGCCCCAGUCUCUUCUGCUUCAACUGCAGCAGGAACUGCACCUUCAUCAACAGCCCCAGUCUCGUCUGCGUCAACUGCACCAGGAACUGCACUUUCAUCAACAACCCCAGUUUCUUCUGCCUCAACUGCACCAGGAACUGCCCUUUCAUCAACGGUCGCAGUCUCUUCUGCCUCAACUGCACCAGGAACUGCACCUUCAUCAACAGGCCCAGUCUCUUCUGCUUCAACUGCACCAGGAACUGCACCUUCAUCAACAGCUCCAGUCUCUUCUGCUUCAACAGCACCAGGAACUGCACCUUCAUCAACAGCCCCAGUCUCUUCUGCCUCAACUGCACCAGGAACUGCACCUUCAUCAACAGCCCCAGUCUCUUCUGCUUCAGCUGCAGCAGGAACUGCAUCUUCAUCAACAGCCCCAGUCUCUUCUGCUUCAACUGCACAAGGAACUGCAACUUCAUCAACUGCCCCAGUCUCUUCUGCACCAUCGGCACCAACAUCAUAUUCGGUAGCAGUAUCCUACUACUCUACAGCUGGGCCAAGCUCAGUAACGGCUCCUUCAACAGCUGUGAAAAUUACGCUUUCAUCUGCACCAGGAUCCACAACAGCGAUAAAAACGACGAUCCUUACCUCUUCAAGUCCUCAGACUAUUUCCGAAGCUCCAUUCGUCUCUGUGACAAAUGCACCAAUCAACACAGUGAAGACAACAACCUCAUCUCCAAGCACAGGAUCCGCAACAGCGAUAAAAACGACGAUCCUUACCUCUUCAAGUCCUCAGACUAUUUCCGAAGGUGCAUUCGUGUCUGUGACAAAUGCACCAAUCAACGCAGAGAAGACAACAACCUCAACUACAAGCACAGGCACAACUUCAAAGACAUCAACAGUUCCUAACCUCACAAACUCAACACCAAUAACCACAACAAGCAUAUUAACUACAACAACAACAGCAGCAAUAAUAUUAACAAGCCAGUCUUCCACAGCAACAGUAGCCAAAACGCCAACAACAGUCACACGAACCACAACAAUAACGACA